AUGACUGACAUGAGAUGUUUCGCUGCUGAAGAUGGAAGCUGGGAACUUCCUCCGCCGUAUGAGCCUAUCCAGUCCUCAGGAGGCGCAGAUAGCCACCCGACAAGGAACAAUGGGGCCUUCCCAUUAUCUGGCGCUUCUUUUCCAGAGUUAUCGCCGACAAAUGAUGGUCGAGUAGAUGUUCAUAUUGGAUCGCGGUUCAGUCGGAAUCUGGAAUGGCUUAUGGGAAACCAAGCCGCCGAGACGCCCCAGACUGCAGGAGAAGCAGCCCCAUCCGUACCAUGUCCUGCCUGGGAUCUGCAUCUCAACAUCGUGAUCCAAGUUGUAGGUAGCCGUGGCGAUGUACAACCCUUUGUCGCCCUGGGCAAGGAAUUGCAGAAGUACGGCCACCGCGUGCGACUGGCCACGCAUUCCAAAUUCGAGCAAUUCGUCAGAACCGCCGACCUUGAGUUCUAUCCCAUUGGAGGGGACCCAGUCGAGCUGAUGUCCUAUAUGGUGCGCAACCCCGGACUUAUUCCAAGUAUAAAGAGCCUACGAGCCGGCGCUAUCCAACGGAAACGUGCCUUGAUGGCGGAUAUUCUAGACGGCUGCUGGCGGUCGUGUAUAGAACCGGAUCUAUAUCACAAGACCCCAUUCGUGGCGGAUGCCAUAAUUGCAAAUCCUCCGAGUUUUGCCCAUGUCCACUGUGCGCAGGUGCUUGGUAUUCCUGUUCAUCUUAUGUUCACGAUGCCUUGGACGAGUACUAGGGCCUUUCCUCAUCCGCUUGCGAACUUGAAGUAUUCGGGUAACGACCCGUCGCUGGGGAAUUUGGUUUCUUAUCAUUUUGUGGAGUGGCUGACGUGGCAAGGACUAGGGGAUUUGAUCAAUACCUGGCGCAGAAAUGUACUGGGCCUAGACCCCGUCCCCACUUCAGAGGGCCCAAACCUUGUAGAAGCGCUCAACGUGCCCUUCACAUACUGCUGGUCUCCCGCAUUGAUCCCGAAGCCCAAGGACUGGGCAUCUCAUAUAGACGUCUGCGGGUUCUUCUUUCGUGACCCACCGGCUUACGAACCCCCAGCAGAACUUGACGCCUUUCUGUGUGCCGGUCCGCCACCAAUCUAUAUCGGCUUCGGUAGCAUCGUCCUUGAGGAUGUGGAAAAGAUGCUGUCUAUCUUACUCGAUGCUAUUCAAGCGACCGGAGUACGGGCCAUAAUAUCCUGUGGCUGGAGCAAUGUCGAACGCCGAGAGACCCCCAACGUCCACUAUAUUGACGACUGUCCGCACGAGUGGCUCUUCCAGCGUGUGGUCGCGGUUGUUCAUCAUGGCGGCGCGGGGACAACAGCCUGUGGCUUGCGCAAUGGAAAGCCGACUACCAUUGUCCCUUUCUUUGGAGACCAACCAUUCUGGGGUAAUAUGAUCGCCGCCGUAGGAGCCGGCCCUGAGCCAAUACCCCACAAGAACCUCACCGCACGGAAGCUGGCUGACGCCAUCACCUAUUGCUUAACCCCACAGGCUGUUGCUGUAGCGCGGGAGAUAGCACAUAGGAUGCGUCAGGAGUGCGGUGUUCGUGCUGCAGUUGAGUCGUUCCACGCGCAUCUACCGCGGCGUAAGAUGCAGUGUGAUCUUAUACCGAGCGAACCUGCAGUCUGGUAUUUUAAGACAGGAAGACGAACUGUCAAGCUGUCCAAGAUAGCUGCGUGGACCUUGAAGCACCAGGGACGUAUCCAGGGCAAGCAUCUGAAACGAUACCAAACAAAGCCAUUUACUAUUGAGGCUCGUCGAUGGGACCCGUUUACAGCCAUUUCGUCGGCCUCACUGUCAACCCUCACUGGCAUGGCCGAUGCCACAGCAGGGAUCUUUAUCGAUCCAUAUAAGGAAUACAAACGUCUCCGAAAAUCUGACCGCAAUCGUGACGCCUCCAACCCUGUCAUCAUUUCAUAUCCCCCACUCGCUGCAUCUGAGACAUCAUCUACGACAGAACCAGCAUUAAUAUCACGGACGCACGCCUCUCCGGACAUCUCGGAUACUGAAAUUAGCCCCGAUGACCCAGCCUACGCGCGGCAGAUGGCUAUUGCAUCCGCUACCAGCCUAGGGAUCUUUCUCGGCCGAUCCUCUCGUGGCGCGCUGGUAGAUCUACCUCUUGCUGCCGUUGAAGGCAUGCGGGCCGUGCCCCGACUGUACGGCGAAAAAGUACGUGUGCACGACCCGGUGAGGGACUGGAAGAGUGGUGCCGGUGUGGCAUGGUCGACCUUCUCUCACGGCCUGUACGAGGGUGUUACCGAUAUCUUUGUGCACACGUACCAUGGGAAGAGGAAACAGGGCGCCCUCGGGGUGGCAAAGGGCCUGACUAAGGGCCUAGUCAGCUUGACAGUUAAGACGGGGGCGGCAACGGUUGGUCUCAUCGCGUAUCCGAAUCAGGGUAUCUAUCGCUCUCUGAUGAGCACCGUACGGAAAAGACCUGCAAAGCUGAUUGAGGAAGCAAGAUGGGCGGAGGCAGAGUGGACUACUAGGGCCGACGAGGGUGUGCAGAUAAAUGCAGCGGAGUUGUGUUCGUUGUACGAUGAGUUGUUGUCUACUAGGGAGGCAGCCCGACGCGGGCGGUAG